AUGAAGCUAUACUCCCUGAUUUAUCUGCUUGGCCUAGCAGUACUGAAAGUAUCAGCUUCUCCUUUACUUGGUCACGAUGUGGAGAAUCUAGAGAGCAGUCCCGUACGAGCAAAACGCACAAUCCCAGAGACGCACAUUGAACAUGAAAGACAGACUUUGGAGCAUGCUAGACGAUGGGGCAAGAUAGAGAGGCCUCGUUCUGACGCGGUGCUUCCAAUGCGCAUUGGUCUGAAGCAGAGGAAUCUUCAACAGGGCCAUGACCUGUUGAUGGACAUCUCUAACCCGAGUUCCGCAAACUAUGGAAAGCAUCUUACCGCCUCGGAAGUAAUCGACCUGUUCGCGCCACUCGAAGAUAGCUUCGACGCCGUGAAGAGCUGGCUUGUCAAGUCGGGCAUACCGGCAUCCAGAAUUUCCAAGUCGCUCAACAGGCAAUGGGUACAGUUCGAUGCCCCGGUAGGCCACGUGGAGGAUUUGAUCAUGGCCGAUUAUCAUAUCUACGAACAUAGUGACAGCGGUGUCCAGAGUAUUGCUUGCGAAGAAUACCAUGUCCCAAAACAUAUUCAAGACCACAUAGACUAUAUUACUCCUGGUAUCCGGCUUAUGGGCCUUGGAGACUUGCAAGAGUCACCAAAGCUGAAGAGGAGCACAAACACGGGCUCUGGUCGGGAAGGACCUUCACGGUUCGCCUUGCCGGUAGAGACGGUUGGGCGCACGGGAGCUAAGGGGCCCGCCAACGAACCUUACCAACUUAACGGAGGAUGUGACAGAUACAUGACACCUGAUUGUAUAAGAAAGCUGUACCAGAUCCCUAAAGGCACCAAAGCGCAUCCUGAGAACAAGAUUGGUAUAUUCCAGUCCCUUGGACAGCAUUACACCCAGCAAGACCUCGAUACCUUCUUUUGGGGGUUUACCGAUGAUAUUCCGAACGGGACGCAUCCAGAGCUUCGAUCCGUGAACGGUGGCAUCGGGCCAGUCGACGAUGUCAGAGAUGCCGGCACAGAGGCUAAUCUAGACUUUCAAAUGGCCUACGGUCUCAUCUGGCCCCAGGAUGCUGUUCUUUACCAGGUGGAUGACGAAGUAUACCAGUAUAAUCAAACUACCAACAACACUCCGUUCAGGGGCUUCUUCAACAACCUCUGGAAUGCAAUUGACGGAAGCUACUGUACAUCGACCGCGUUCAAUGAGACUGGGAACUGCAACAGAACGGAAUGCCUGGACCCACCUUAUCCCAACCCCAAUCCCGAUGGAUAUCAAGGCGAGCUGAUGUGUGGUGUAUACAACCGCACAAAUGUGAUCACCAUCUCCUACAGCGGCGGCGAAACGGACCUCCCAUACUCGUAUCAACAGAGACAAUGCGCCGAGAUCAUGAAACUGGGCUUGCAGGGAACCACUGUCCUCAUCGCCUCGGGGGACGACGGAGUGGCAAGUUUCCAGUCGGACCCAUUUCCAAAUGGCUGCGUUGGACCGAACCAUACCGUCUUUCAUCCCCAGUUCCUGUCCUCCUGUCCUUACAUCCUGUCUGUAGGGUCCACCUAUCUGCCGCAGGGCCGAAGUAUCGAGAACGGAAGUGAGGUGGCCACCACUCGAUUCCCCUCUGGUGGUGGCUUCUCGAACAUUUUCGAACGACCUGCAUGGCAGGAGAAGCACGUCUCGAGCUACCUACAAAACGCCUAUCUGAGCUUCAGCGGAUAUGAAGGCGGCGGUCUCAACUUCAGUAGCGCAAAGGCCGGCAUUGGAAGGUUCAACAAAUUGGGGCGUGCGUACCCGGACGUUGCUGCAAACGGCGACAACUUCGUGGUGGCAACAGGUGGGCAACUAGCCAGGAUCGGUGGCACGUCGGCAUCGUGUCCACUUUUUGGGGGAAUCUUGACUCUCAUCAACGAAGAGAGACUGGCAGUCGGAAAGGCCCCGGUAGGAUUCGUGCACCAAGUCCUGUAUGACCACCCGGAGGUCUUCAAGGACAUAACGACUGGCACUAACCGGGGGUGUGGCACUCCCGGGUUCUCGGCCCGUACUGGGUGGGAUCCAGUGUCUGGCCUUGGGACUCCCAUCUAUCCCAAGUUGCUGGAGCUCUUCAUGAGCCUGCCAUGA